AUGGGGAAACUAGAGAGGAUGUUGGAUACCUUCUGUCUUUCUUUUGGCUCAAACACCUGUUUCUGCAUGAACUCCAUCGAGUGUGAAGAUGAGUUUGAGAAAAAGCCUUUGAUUGUAAGUGCUACUAGUGGUCAUAAACUGAGAUUGAAGGAUGUGGUAGAUGGAAAGCAGACAUUGGCUUUUCAAUUGAAACCCCAGAUAGUGACAUUGAGGGUGUCCAUGCAUUGCUAUGGAUGUGCAAAAAAAGUUGAGAAACAUAUCUCAAAGUUAGAAGGUGUGAGCUCAUAUAAAGUGGAUUUGGAGACAAAAAUAGUAGUGGUUAUGGGCGAUAUUCUUCCCUCUGAAGUGUUGCAGAGUGUGUCUAAGGUGAAAAAUGCAGAGCUUUGGAAUUCUCGAGCUAGUAAGGAAUAA